CACACGCACAGAACCGCGCACAAACAAUGUGAUUUAAAUUUCCUUUUUUCGAUUUUUCUAUCUAUUUUUAAAUAUACAAAUCCUUAGUAUUAGUGUUCGUGAUAUAUUGUAUAAGUGUCGCGCGACAUCUGACAUCGCUCUAGCUUUUAAGUAAUAAUGUCGACAUUUUUAUUGCAAUUUUUUGUUGUUUACGUCUAGUGUUAACAAUUUACAAGCACGGAACUGUUUAUAGUAAUAUGUCAAACCCGGGUUAGUGGGAUGCUGUUAAUCCACGUUACAAAAUUCUAAAAUAGUUAAACAAAUAUGAAAAUUGCAUACAAAUUUUCAUUAAAUUAAAAGAUAUUUUGGCACCAGCUCCAGAAGAUUAACCAAGCUUGUAAAUGAUGAGUGCGGAACGCGAUCGCAAUGAGAGAGAUUACAUCGGGUUCGCUACACUACCGGAGCAAGUGCACAGGAAAUCUGUUAAACGAGGGUUUGACUUCACACUGAUGGUGGUGGGAGAGUCAGGCCUGGGCAAAUCUACUCUUAUCAACAGUCUAUUCCUUGGUGACUUAUACAAAGGCAGGAAAAUACCCGAUGUGCAAGAUCGAAUAGAGAAGACAACGACAAUAGAGAAGAAAACAAUGGAGAUAGAGGAAAGGGGGGUUAAACUACGUCUUACAAUAGUCGACACCCCGGGCUUCGGUGACGCAAUCAACUGCGAGGACUCAUGGAGGGUGUGUUCUGCGUACGUGGACGAGCAGUUCCGACAGUACUUCACCGACGAGAGUGGCCUUAAUCGACGGCACAUGCAGGACAAUAGAGUCCACUGCUGUCUUUAUUUUGUCCCCCCUUGGACGCACAGCUUGCGACAAGUGGAUUUAGAGAUGAUGAAGAGACUCCAUCGCAAAGUGAACAUCGUGGUGGUGAUAGCAAAGGCCGACUCCCUCACUGCAGCUGAAGUAAAGCGUCUUAAAGCGCGCAUACUGAGUGACCUGGACGAACAUCAAAUUCAAGUGUACCAGUUUCCUGAAUGUGACAGCGAUGAAGAUGAAGAGUUUAAACAGCAAGAUCGAGAUCUGAAAGCAGCAGCCCCUUUCGCUGUAGUAGCUGCGGACACUGUACUAGAAGUCGGUGGCAAACGAAUACGAGGCAGGCAGUAUCCCUGGGGAAUAGUUGAUGUUGAGAACCCUCGCCACUCGGACUUCACAAAGCUACGGACUAUGCUGAUCUCCACGCAUAUGCAGGACCUGAAAGACGUCACUCAAGACGUGCACUAUGAAAACUUCAGGGCACAGUGCAUCUCUCAGAUAUCGCAACACGCGAUGCGAGAACGAGGGAAACUGAAGAGAGAUUCAAUGGGUAAUAAUAAUGACGUAAGUGUCAUUACUGACACAGAUCGACUGCUGUUACAAAAGGAUGAAGAGAUACGACGUAUGCAAGAUAUGUUAACACAGAUGCAAGAGAAGUUAAAAGCGUCAGACAAAAAAAAUGACUCUAUCAUUGAUGUAUAGAGUGGAGGAGUACUUUAGUUUAUUAUUAGAAACAACAAACCUCUUUAGAAAGAAUCGAUGAAUUUAGAAUUUCGAUGACCUUAUUUGUGUCGACGUAAAGUUUUAUGGACAUCGCAUAUUAUAUUAUAUGCAUAACAGAAAUGCAUGGGAAAAUUUACAGACAUUCAAUACAUUAUAUUUGAUAGAUAAAUCAAAUCAUUAGUACGAUAUUAUGGUAGAUUUCAAGAAAACUGAAACUUGAGCAUUGAAGUAAAUGAAAAAUAUCACAAAUUCUAAAAUAUUUAAAUUACAGGUUUUUAAGUUUUUCUCAUUUUGUAUUGGAUUAAAACCCAACGCUGCUCGUAAUCUUAAAGAGAACUAAAAUCUGUAAAUAAACAAAACGCAUUUGAUAUGAACUAGUAUCAACAGAAAAUUUGAUGGAGUCUCUUUUAUCCAAAAUAUUAAAAUACCACUUUGUUGGUUCAUAACUUUACGUCGAUGCUAAUUUGUAGUUUGUUGUCGUUGUAGCUAAUUUACAGGUAGAUCUAGCGUUAAUAUCACAGGUCGGACUUAUGAACUAGGUACCUACUGACCUAUGUAGUUAUCAAUUUGCAAAUUGUAGUCUCUUAUCGGAUAGUGCCACAGCAAUAACCGUCAUUGCACCUAUUGCAGGUAGACGAUUCACACUUUUUAGAAAAUGUCAAUCUAUCAAGUAGUAAAUUUACUGUAAAUAAAGCUUAUAUUCGAUAAUUUAUACAACGUGACAAUGAUAACCAGAAUAUUCCUAACCUGUUCUAUUCGGAGCAUCACGUGUAUGGUUGCCUUAACUUUUUCUGCAAGAAGUAGAGCGUGCCUGAUUUCAGGAAUAAUGACCGAAUAAAUAAUACAGUUAAAUCAUUUGCCCGCUAUUUCAAAUACAUUUUUUUAUUUGUUAUAUAAAGGCUUUGGAAACAAGUCCUUUAAGCUGAAGAUGAAAUAAUUAAUAAUUACUUUUGCAAUUGCUACAGACAAUCAAUGUUAUUUUUAAUAUAAUUCAGCGAUAAAUUGAAACAUCUCUUAAUGUAUUACACUAAAAAUAACUGAUAUCUAGGCAGAAUCUCUUUAGAUAAAUAGUAUACUUCCAAUAUUUAAUAUGUAAGAUACAUUUUGGUUCAAGAGAAAAUAUGUAACAAAAUAUUAAUCGUAAGAAUUUGACAUUAAUUGUCUCACAGAAAAAAGACCGAGAAGGAAAAUACUCGUAGUUCCAUAAUAGUUAAUUAUGCAACUGUUGUGUAAUUAGGGGUAUUAAAACACGAUUGUGGAUUUAUCACACCAGGCGAAGCCGAGUGUGAUAAUAGUAUCACAUGAGUGUUUUAAUGCCUAAUUAUCAACAGUUGCAAACAAAACUAUCUACACCCAUAAUAUGAAUCCUCUAAAAGAUUCUGGAACAGUUAGCUUACUGCUAACAUUAAAAGUUAAAACACCAUUCCUAGUAGUAACCUAAUAUCAUUCAUUACUGAUUAUAUACAAAUAAAGUAAGUAUUAAUGAAACAAUUAUUUAUUUUAGUAGUUAUUUACAUUUUGUAUAGUGCAAUAUUUAAAAUACACUCGAAUAUAAUGUUCUUUUGCAGCGUUUAAAAUGAAUCGCUCAAAAAUAUCGAAGAAAAAUGGCGGGGAUUCGAAUACCCUACUUUUUGUUUACGGCGCGCGACUUUCUGGGAGUGUGGAGCGCGCGUAAACGAAAGUGUUCUUUUUUUGAAAUUCAUACAGAUACCACGCAUCGAGCAAUAAGAAUGUGGCUGUCUGUUGAAACUCUUUGCGCAUGAAGGGAUAAAAAAAACAUAGGAGUGUUGUUAUGAAAUUCAGUACAACAUUACAACACUCUUUUGAGUGAUGUAAUGGUUAUUAGAACAUUUGGUGUUUUAAUGUUGUUAAUAAGCUAACUGUUUCAGAAUCUUUAAUAGAGGAUUUAAAGCAUGGGUGUAGAUAAAGUAAUUAAUUCUUCAAAUAAUAACUUCUUCUUAGGUACCUACGUCAAGAUUUUUUUUUUCAUAUUUUUAACCAUAUGGGAUAUGUAAAUGUUUUAUUCUCCUUUAUGUUAUCUCAAAAUAAAAGAUACACAAAAUAUUGAGAUAACAUAUCGGAAUUAGGUUGUUCUAUAUUUUUUACUAAUAAGAUAAAUCCCUUAAUAUACCUUACCAAAGUUUUACACAAUAAAUAAAAGUUAUUACUUAUACAUUAUUUAUUAUUAUUAUUAUUAUUACUGACUGAAUUAAAUUGAUACCAAUUUUAUUUAA